AUGGACGCUAUCAGUGGACAAGACCUCAACGGCGUUUUCAAAGGCGCCAACUUGGCUGUGGCUGCUCUUUCCUUCAUUAUCGGUAUCUAUAUCAUCGGUUUCGGUGCCGUUCUAGGCCUACUCGUUUACACGCUUAUCGGCGCCAGCAUAAACGGAGCGCUGUGGUUCCGUCUCUUUGCCGGCAUCUUGAUCUUCGUCAUUGGUUUGGUGUACAUUGCCUUGGAGGCUGUGCCCAGCAUCUCGCCACCCGAAAAUAUGAGCCCAGAGGGCAUCUCCAUCGGUGUCCAGGACGAAGACGUCGUUUAA